AUGGACUCGUACGGAGUCCGGAGGUCGGACACCACCAAAGGGCCGCCUCUGCGCAUCCUGUCGCUCGACGGAGGAGGCGUGCGCGGCUACUCCAUGCUCAUCAUCAUCCAGGAACUCAUGCACCGCACGUUCGUCGAGAUCGAAGGCCGCGCGCCCCGCCGACACGAAAUCCCGAAGCCAUGCGACCACUUCGACCUCAUCGUCGGCACCGGCACCGGCGGGCUGAUCGCCAUCAUGCUCGGCCGGCUGCGGCUGGACUUGGAGACGUGCAAGGAGCUGUACGUUCGCUUGACGAAAAUGGUGUUUGAGACGGACAAGACGAUCGCCGGCAUCCCGUAUCGAUCCACAUUGUUUAAGGCCAGCAAGUUGGAAGAGGCGAUCAAGCAGGGAGUCUGGGAGCAUACCGUCAACGACAAGGAAGGCAACGACAGCGAGGCCGAAGUCGUGAAUCCGCUCAACUCUCGCCGCUCAGGGUCGGGAUCCCCGAGGCGACAUUCCAGCAACGCCAGCACUAUCAGUUUCAGUGCGCGUCAUACGGCCGGGCAAGUCUCAUCUCGGCCAGCCCCGAUGCGAUACGGCAACGGGAACGCAAGGUUAUACGAUGCAAGGGAAAACAGGUGCAAGACCGCCGUGACGGCAAUGUAUAAAGGUUCAGCACGAGGGACACCGCCCGUGCUGCUACGCUCCUACGACUCGCGCAAGGAGCCGCCGCCCGAGUUCGACUGCAAGAUCUGGCAGGCCGGACGGGCGACUUGCUCCAUCGGCCUCGCCUUCAAGCCCGUGCAAAUUGGCCAGUCAUUAUUCCACGACGACGGUGCCGGCACCUUCAACCCCGCCCCAGAGGCCCUAGACGAGGCCGUCCUCAACGAAUGGCCAGGACGCGAUGUCGGGGUGUUUGUCAGCGUCGGGACAGGAAAGCGGCCCCGGGGAAGCGAUGCGAACCAACAGGUGUGGUAUGAGGGCUUCUUGGGCGAAUUUGCGGAGGCACGGAGAAAGAUGAUUGCCAAGAUUGAAGGCUGCGAGAAGAUUCACGAGUACAUGAUCCGAGAGCAUCUGGCGAAGCGUGGAGUAAAUGUGGAAAACUACUUCCGGCUCAACGUCGAGGUGGGAGUCGGAGAGUUUGGAAUGAACGAAUGGAACCGGCUCAGCGACAUCAGUACCGGUACUCGACGAUACAUGUCACGGAUGGAAGAGCAGAAGAUGAUCCACGGCAUCUCCACCAGGCUGGCCAAGAUUCACAAGGCGAAGGUGCGGUGGGAACGGAAGAUUGCCAAUGUGCCCCAGCUGGUUCAGUCGACGUCGGAGAACAACUUUGAGCAUACUUUUGCGGUUGAGCUACCCGGCGACUCUCCCGUGGGGCCGCUUUCGCACAGCCCGCAAAGCCCGCCCAGUCGGUCGUCGUUCGACUCUGCGCCGGACAGUCUGCAUCUGCAGGCAAACACCUUGUCCUCGCCCCGAGCCUCCGGCGACCUAAGUCGGCCAGGCACCGGCCAUUCGCGGUUCGGAAAAAUCAGUCCAUAUGAUGAGAAGGAGGCCGUGGUCGACUUGACAUCGCCGAGCCAGUACAAGAUGCAGUAUUCCGACGACCCGAUCGCUAUCACGAGCCCUGACGAGGAGCCAAGGUAUCAGCUGCCUCUGGUGCCUCCGCCCCUGGUGCCUUCCCCCCUCAGGCAAUCCACUCGACCGGAGCCGCCGCCUCUGCCUCCCAAGACGCCCCUGGCCGAAUACGGCCAUCGGCCUCGAGACUCGGAGACGUCUAUCCCGCCAUACCCUAUUGACGACGAAGAAUGCCCGCCUCCGGUCAAUAUGGCACGGAAGCCGGAUUACCUGCAGUAUUAG